GCUUAAAAUAUUGCUAACGCUGAUGACAGGACGUACGGGAAGGAGGAAGCGAAUGUUUUCUCAACUAAAUGACUAGUUUGCAGCGUCUUUUUAUCAAGAAAGAAGGGCACAUAGUCUUCAUGAAAGCAGAUAGAAUCUUUUCAUAAUGAAAGAAUUCGUUUGUCGGCUCUGCAUAUGUCUCAUUUUGCAAGUUCUCCAAGCAUCAGAUGCUCUCCCUGGCCUGCCAGGGAGCUCAACCAACCGGACUGCAGCUCCCAAUCCAGACUUGACUGGCUGGGAUGUGCCCCACACAGGUGCAGUGUGCAUGGAGGGCUGGAACCUCUAUGAGCCCAGCCAGACCUGUUUCCACUCCUUUAGCACGGCCCUGGUCCAGCAGAGUGCACUAGACUACUGCACCACCACGGGCAGCAGCCUAGCCCCGGCCUCCACCAAGGAACUGCAGUACCUGACUGGUACCAUCCUGCUCGGGCAGGCUGGCCAGAAGUGGUGGCUGGGCUACGAGAUGCGGCGGGUCGGUGGAGCACAGCCAAAUGCCAGCGACUGGGAGCUGGUGGGCCUGGCCAGCGACCAGGAGGACCUAAGCUGGAUGGGGCUGGAGCCCCCUGGGGAUGGGGAGGAGUUGGGAGGAGAGGACAAGCUUUGCGUGGUCAUGGGGUUGGCCAGUGGCAGAGUUGAACAGCAGGCUUCGCCGUGGGAGCUGUCACUUCAGCUGUGCACCGAAAGGGCAGGGUUCCUCUGUGCGCAAGAUGCCGAGAUGGUUUGCCUGGACCGCAAGGGUAACACAGUCUGGGAGGGGGACCGCUAUGUGCCCCCUGGCCAUGACGCCUGUACCUCCUGCCGCUGCAUUGAAGGCCGGCCGGGGAUGUGCAUGACCACCAUGUGCGCCAAGCCCCACUGCGAGCUCUACCGGCCCGACCCGGAGGAGUGCUGCCAGUACAUCUGCACGGACGGUGGCAACGGAGAUGAGAAAGGCCUGGACGUGUCAGAUAACAUGCGCUGGGUGCUGACCAUGCUGACUUCCUUUAUUCUGUUGGGUAUGAUGCUGUUUAUGGUGUACCGCAUGAGACAGAAGAGAAUGGCUUAUCUACGAUACAGAGCCCAGCAGAUGAGAGAGGGCAACAUGGUGGACUUUGAGCCCGGGACUGGUCCCCCGCCUCCCCCCAAUCUGGAUGACAUUGACGGCGCUGUCUACAGAGAACCCCCACCCCCAUACUCGUUUGCCAAGGAUGAGCAGCACAUUCCAACUGAACAGCCCCCGCCCUACAUCUCCACAGUCUCGUUGCCCAUGGACGUCAACCGCAACCGCGAUCGACGUUGCGUCUUCCAGCAAGACAGCGAUGCAGUGGCCCUGCUGGACAGCUCCAUCAGCUCAGAGCCAAACACACCGACGCUCAUUACAGCCGUUCCGCCAAUUCUGCCCAGUCCUCCCGGGUACACCGGCAGCACUGAGAACAGCACCGUGUCAUCACCGCAGACGGAGCAGAGCACCCCAGGGGGGGAGAGUGCGACUGCUGUAACACCCACACAUCAAACCAUUCUGCCGUCAAUCAACACCACAGUUUGAGCCCGAAGGAAGAGUUCCAUAGCCCCAAUCAAAUUUUCCAAUUAUCCCAAAAUAUCCUUGGCCUCGAGCACAGUUAGACUUUAGUGAUGAUCUUCAACUUAAUGUCCUUGUAACCCUAUUAACCAUGUUUAACCCAAACGAUAUCCAACAGUGGCCACUUUCUGUGGGAUUUUGUUGUGAUCGGUGAACAAGAGGCCCUCUCUUCUCGCUGUUGGACUCUGUCGGGUUCAGCAGGGUGCCCAGAGAAAAACUGAAGGAUGUUUUUGGGUACCCCUAACAGUCCCAAAUCCUCUGAUUUCAAUAUAAUUUUACAUACACCCUGGGGGGUUAGGGUUAAUGUUGCAUUUCCUCAACCAUGUCCGUGAACAAUUACGAACAUGUUUGUGCAGUGUCCAUAUCACUGUUCAACCCAGAUUGUCACAAAACCGAAAUGAUCACAAAACCCUGUGGAAGUGCUUGCCGUGCAUUAGCUUAUGGCUUGUCUCACUUAGCAGACUUUUUCUAUAUCACAUUAACAAAUUGCCUUGACUAUGAUUGAACUUGCUGCUUUUGGAGUAAUGUGCUAGCCUUCUGCCAACCAAGCUGUGAGGGUUUCUUCUGUACUCGCAAGCUGCAGGAACUGAAACCCCCAGUGUUUAAGGAGGUUAAGGCCACAUGCAGAUCACAUGUCUAGUUUAGACAACUAAGUGUAGGUCUUUACCUAGUGCAAAUAUGUUUGUUGCUUGUAACACGGCCUUGUUCCAAAUGCCAUUAAUCCCCACAGAGCUGUGUCAAGUUGCCAGAACACUAACUCACUCUGCAGAAUGAAGCCUGCUUGGGGCAUCCAUGUUUGUGCAUAAACCUAUAGAAAACUCAAAAUGUUGUAUGGAUCUUUGCAGAUCUACGCCUGUGUUCUAAAAUGACGCACCAACAAAGCCAAUACGCCAAAAACCCAAAUGCACAAUCAGUUUUUAUACUGAGCAUUUGGUUUGGCCCUAACAACGAGAGCAUUGUGCUACAGAUGAAUAUUUCGGAGGCUUUUUUUUUUCAUCACAGAAAUUCUAAAACUAUAUUUACGUAUGUUACCAUGGCGCAUUGCAUUCAGAGUAUUCUAAAAAAAAAAUACGCAUAUGGAUUCAAAAUGUGUACACCCAAACAUAUUGCAUGGGGGAUGACAUGUCAUUGCUCUAGCAAUUUAUUAAUAUAGCUUCUAUUAUGAAUCCUUACUGUACUGAAAACAAAAUAUCACAGUCAGAUAUUGAGGUGUUUCAAGUGGAGCAGUGGUAAGCACUCGGCUGUUUUUGUAAUAAUGAAUCAUUUCAAGCUUGAUGCACCGUGGCGUCAUCGUUAACGGAGUCAUGGUCCAAUAAGCCUUUUGUGAGUCAAAUUUGAAUAAAAUCUGGUACACUGAGUUCUUUAAAUUCACAUGAACAUAAUUGG